UUAUGUGCAUAAUCAACAAAGUACUAACAAAAGUCAUUUGUUUAGGGUCUUCGAUAGAUUUGGAAGUAGGAUGGGUCUCGAGAGAACAUGGGGCAGUCUAUUGUUGACUGUGUUACUGGUGGCUUUCCUCCCAAACAUCUCAAGUUUACAAACAAAUUCCACUGGUCAUGUAACAGAUUGUUUUGAGAGAGGCAUCAAUAUAAAAUGUUUCAAGAAAUUUCUACAACCGGCAGCAGUUACGCUUAAUGACACAAGUUCCACAAAUUUCCUAAAUGCAUUGUAUCGGAAGAUAAACAGUGAGGCGGAUACAGCUUCUAAAUCUCGCCAUAAACGAAGGGCUGCUAAAAAACUAGUACGACGGGAAAUAAGAGCAGGUCCAUACGAAACCAACUUUCUAUGGUAUGCACUUGCUGUACAGAGGCUAAAAAAUCAUUUUGGAAUUCGCUCAGAUAGGAGUACCUAUGACAUCAUUGCAAUGAUUCACACAGGUAGUCCUCAAGAACACAGAGGGCCAGCUUUCUUCUCGUGGCACAGAAUUUAUUUGUUGUUAUAUGAAGCUGCAUUGCAAUCUGUUUUUGGUCCAGGUGUAACUACUCCAUACUGGGACUCCACGUUAGAUGAAGCUAUGGGAAAACGUCAAGCAAGAACCAUUUUGUUUUCAAACAAAUAUUUUGGGACACCUUUUGGCGAGGUUACCGAAGGAUUUUUUGCAAACUUACCUGGAGCUAAAAUAAGACGUAAUAUCGGUGCGACUGCAAACCUUAUUACUAAGAAAGCAGUUGCGCUUGUUCUUUCAAGAAAAAGGCAUAGUCAGAUUGUGCGAAGGGAAAAAAUGAAGUAUUUUUGGGAAGGAUAUCACAACAGUGUACACCGUUGGGUAGAUGGAAAUAUGGCAAGCGGGAUGAUUGCUGCUUUCGAUCCAAUAUUCUGGUGUCAUCAUGCGUAUGUUGACUACGUCUGGGAAUUAUUUAGAAAACGCAUUCGGAAUGCCCCUGCAGAUUAUCCAUUAGGAUUUCCAGAGCACCCUCCAGAUGGUCAAAUGAGAUUUAACAGUUACAUAUACCAACCAAAUCCACCGAUUACAAAUCAACAAGGUUACAGUAACAAAUAUGCGCGUCUUCGACGAUAUGAUUCCGCGCCAUCAUGCAAAAAUCUUUGUUCAAAUAGUGAAGAUCUAUACUGUAACAGAGAGAAAGAUAUAUGUGUAUCUCUGGAGAGAGUAAGUGAAGAAACAAUUGUACAAGAUGCAAUCGCAUACCCGUUUGCUGCCUUAAGUGUACCUCAAGGCCCAGAUAAUAUAACAUUACAAGGUAUAAAACAAGCUAUACUGCAAGAAAUACCGGCUGGGACUCCUCUAAAUUUGUUUGAGGUAAAUGAUAUCUCUCCUAACACUCGUGCUAUUUCUGUUUUCGACGUUUAAAAUACUGUUGUAUUAAUGUUAUUAAACAUUGGCACAUGCUU